AGGAGUAGGUGCUGGCUGCAAUACAAAAGAAGUUAUAGACAGGCUGAGGUAUCUGGAAGCUGAAAUUGAAGAUCUAGAGCUAAAAGAGAAAGAAUUGGAUCAGCAGAAGCUGUGGCUUCAGCAAAGUAUCAAGAAUGUCAUGGAUGAUUCUACAAACCACCAAUUUUCAUAUGUCACCCAUGAAGAUAUCUGCAACUGCUUCAAUGGAGACACACUUCUAGCAAUUCAAGCACCUUGUGGUACACAGUUAGAAGUACCUAUACCCGAAAUGGGACAGAAUGGACAGACGAAAUACCAAAUCAAUCUUAAAAGUAGUUCAGGACCUAUCCAUGUUCUGCUUAUAAAUAAAGAGUCAAGUUCCUCCCAACCCAUGGUGUUUCCAGUUCCUCCUCCAGAUGACCUUUCACAGACCCCAUCUCAACCUGCAGCUCCAGCGACUCCCCUUAAACCUGCUACAGCUCCUCAAAAUCCACCAGAACAUGAUCUGAACCAAGGACAAGAGUUACCACAGACAUCAGUUGCAGACACACCAUCAGGUGGGUCCAGGGUUUUUCCUGUGUCAGGCGG